AUGGGUUCCGGGAAGAAGGAAGCCACGCGCCGAAACCGCCAGGGGAAGGUUGGCGAUGGCAUGGCCAAUGUGAGGGUGAAGGGUGAAAAUUUCUACAGAGAUGCGAAGAAGGUCAAGAGGUUGAACAUGCUUAAGGAUGGUAAACCUCAACGUGACUCCGAGGGAAACAUCACCCAGGCUGCCUCGUACCAAUCUCGCGAUGCCCCCGUCGCUCGGAUAGAACCAAACCGUAAAUGGUUCGGGAACACUCGAGUCAUCUCGCAGGAAGCUUUGUCUUCGUUCCGUGAGGCCGUCGCCGAACGUGCUUCGGAUCCGUAUCAGGUUCUCCUCAAAACCAACAAGCUUCCAAUGAGUUUGAUCAAAGAAAACCAGACCGUCAAUGGGCUGAAACAGCAUGAGGCUAAGAUGGCGAUCGAAACGUCACCGUAUAGCGACACAUUCGGGCCCAAAGCUCAAAGAAAACGGGUCAAACUUGGUGUCUCGUCUCUCGAAGACUUGGCUGGCGAGACGAUGAAGAUGCAAGAUAGCUACGUUGAAAAGACGGAUCAAGGCCGCCACGAGGAUGGCACUCCGAUAGUUUCUGGCGAUGAUGUGGCGACAGACCUCCAGCUCGGCACGAUGCCGACGUCUCGUGAAGCGGUCUUCCUGAAGGGACAGAGUAAGAGAAUCUGGAACGAGCUGUACAAGGUCAUCGAUUCCUCAGAUGUUGUCAUCCAUGUGAUUGAUGCUCGCGACCCUGAGGGAACACGCUGCAGAGGUAUUGAGAAAUACAUCCGCGAGGAGGCGCCUCACAAGCACUUGAUCUUUGUCCUCAACAAGUGUGAUCUUGUACCUACCGGUGUAGCGGCCGCUUGGGUACGCCAUCUAUCGAAGGACUAUCCCACUUUAGCUUUCCAUGCUUCGAUCAACAACUCGUUCGGCAAAGGAUCUCUGAUUCAACUCUUGAGGCAAUUCUCAUCGCUUCACUCCGACCGAAAGCAGAUCUCGGUUGGUUUCAUCGGCUACCCUAACUCAGGAAAGUCAUCGAUUAUCAACACGCUACGUAAGAAAAAGGUGUGCACAGUUGCUCCUAUCCCUGGAGAAACCAAGGUUUGGCAGUACAUUACCUUGAUGAAGAGAAUCUACCUCAUCGACUGUCCUGGUGUUGUUCCUCCAAGCCAGACGGAUACUCCAGAAGAUAUCCUUCUCAGAGGUGUCGUGCGAGUGGAAAACGUCGAGAACCCCGAGCAGUAUAUUCCUGCUAUUCUCAAGCGUGUCCAAUCUAAGCAUCUUGAACGCACUUACGGCCUCAAAGACCCGCACGAUCCUGUUGAAUUUCUCAGCAUUCUUGCAAAGAAGGGUGGCAGACUUCUUCGUGGAGGCGAGCCCGAUCUUGACGGCGUUGCCAAGAUGGUUAUCAACGAUUUCCUCAGAGGAAAGAUCCCUUGGUUUACCCCGCCUCCGUAUACAUCCGGUGAAGAGGGCGAGAAAAUUGAGGGCCGUGAAGGCAGGCUUGGAGAGAUGGGUCGAAAACGCAAGAUCGACGAAGCCUCUGGCGAUGACCAAAAGGCUUCGGGUGAAGCAACUUCCGGCGCUGAAGAAGAGUUCGAAGGGUUUGAUGAUGAAGACGAAGAUAGCGAUAAUGACUCCAUCGCAAAUCUCGAAGUCAGUGACGAGGAAAGCGGGGAGGAGUGA